AUGGCAGACCAAAGAGUUGGGGGAAAUAAAUUAUCGCUGUUCUUGAUAAUUUUCACGAUAUCCCAGACUACUGCUGAAUUUGGUCUGCUAAAUGUCCGUAAUAGUAAUGAUCCAAAUGUUCUUCCCAAAGAUUAUUGCCUUACAUACAACCCCCUUUAUCAAGACUUACCAAAAACCAUUGAAGAAUCAAAAUAUUAUUCUUAUUUGAGCUUGCUCCCUGAUUUUCUCUGCCAUGAACCUGAAAGUCCAGAAAGGUUGGCAGAUAAAAUAGUCGUGGUCAUGAGAGGUAAUUGUACUUUCACUGAGAAAGCCACAUUAGUUCAGGCUAGUAAUGGAAAUGCAGUUGUUGUAGCCAGCAAAGAUGCUUUGGUAACACCUCAUGGAAAUGAAAGUGCUGGUGACUAUGACAACAUUAACAUACCUGUUGCACUAAUAAGAUAUGAUGAUGCUGAAGAAAUACAGGGGAAAGGGGAUGGUAUAGUUGCUGCACUGUAUGCUCCUGCGGAAACCACUAGAGUUGACUAUAAUCUGAUAUUAAUAUGGUUGAUAGCUGUCGGUACUGUGGUUAUUGGGGCUUAUUGGUCAGGACUAACAGCUCAUAGAAUUGAUAAAAAACGAAUGUUGCGCCGUAAACGUGGUGAUGCUGAGAGUGCUAAAGAUGAAGAAGACGAAGAUGAAGCACAAUCAAUAGAUGUGAGCGCUGUCAUGGUGAUAAUAUUUGUUGUCAUGAUAGUCAGUAUGCUUUUAUUACUCUACUUCUUCUAUGACUAUAUAGUGUAUGUGAUCAUACUGUUUUUCUGUGUUGCUGCUGCAGCUGGAAUACAUGCCUGUCUACUUCCCUUUAUCAGAAUGAUACCACUGGGCAGUUACAAGUGGAUGUUUCAUUUAAUAAUGUCAAAUAUAAAUGUACUGCACAUAUGCUGUGAACCAUUGAAGUUUUGUCAUAUGAUAAAUGAUAGCACCCAUAACGACAAAAUUGUCCUGCCAUAUGUGGCUCAAUGUUUUAAAGAUCCCAAUGAAAUCACUGCUACAAGAUUUCUUGUUUUUUGUUGUGAAAAUAAAGUGAUUCACAACUACCUCCAAGAGAUCCAAUCUGUGGUUUUCAGUCAGAAGUCAGAAGUAUAG